AUGGGAAAUAAGAAUACUAAAAAAUACGAAUUAUGUGAAAUUCAAUACGAAAAAGAAUUUGAGUUAAAAUAUCCAUGGAAUGAAAUUAUUAAAUGGGGUAGUAAUGAUUUAAAUGUAGAUGUAAGUCUUACAAUAAUUAAAAAAAUAAUUGAAGAAAUAAAAGAUAUAACAUUAGAUGAAGAAAGUUAUUUUAAUAUAACAGAAGGAAAAAGUUUAGAUGAAUUUAAAUUUGAAAAUUCUUUCGUUGAAUGGGCAACAGCAUUGUUAAAAGAAAUUACUAACUUAAAAAAAAUAAGAUAUAAUAUAGUUCCAAAACUAGUUAAUGAAAAUGAAUUUUGGUUAAGAUAUUUUGCUACUAUAAAAAUAAUAAUUAUUAAAAACAUAUUUGAUACUAUAGAAAAUUAA